AAGCAUAGCUGGGAUGAGAGGGAGCUGAACCUGUUUUCAGCUCUGUCCCCCUUGCAUUGCAGUGGCCGCCCGGGAGAUCUCGGUGUGGGUCGCUCCUGGGGCUGUUUGUCUCCCUGGUUUUAAUGAAAGGUCUGAGCUUGUGGACCUGCCGGCGAUGCAAAGCGCAGUGCGUGGGCUAGGUGGGUGCAGCACACGCUUACCGCCCGCUCAGGGGUACGGUCCGAGCGUUUGGACCCCUCUGGAGUGGCUCAGGUGGUCAGCAGAAAAAUAAAAAUGGAUAGUUAUCCGUUCUGAUGCGAGAGCAGCUCGGUCGGGACGGGGAUACUCGGGGUUAGCUUCCAGUAGCACAGCACCACCCGCUUCGCUCCUGCACAUGCCAGGCUGGCAGUUUAUUGCUUUACAGGAGCACUUAUCCCUGAUUACCUUUCUGAUGAGAUGCUGCUGCUGCCUGCUUAAAUUAUACCAUCUGCUUCGAAGGCAUCCCGGUGAUAGAGCGGGGUGAGAUCGGGAUCUCCAAGGGUCAGCCCCGGAGGCUGAAGCAAUGCCUUCAAGUUAAAACUAGCAGAGCAAAAAAAGAAAAACAACCGACCAAAACCCCAGCUGGAUGCGACCAGCUCGGCGGCAGUGGGUCAUGCUGAGUCACGCUGACGGUGGAGCGGCUGCCGGGAGUUUCUCCAGGGCAUCGUGAAAUCCAGCCCUUCCUGAUGAGCAUCUGCAGGACGGGAAGGUGCAGAGACCCUUGGUGGGGUUGCAGGACCCUUACAGCCACUCGAUGACGGCAGAGAGCCAGACGAGGAUGCAGAGCUUGCAGCCGGACCCCAAAGCCCAGUACAGGAGCGUGUACGAAGCUCUGAAGAAGAUUGUCCUUACAGAGGGUUUCUGGAGGCCUUUACGUGGGAUUAAUGUCACCGUGCUGGGGGCUGGCCCUGCCCACGCCAUGUACUUUGCCUGCUAUGAGAAAAUGAAAAAGUCUCUGAGUGAUACUAUCCAGCAUGGAGGGAACAGCCACUUGGCCAAUGGGAUAGCAGGGAGCGUGGCCACGCUGCUCCACGACGCAGUGAUGAAUCCCGCUGAAGUGGUGAAGCAGCGGAUGCAGAUGUUCAACUCCCCCUACAAGUCCGUCCUGGUGUGCGUGAGGACAGUGCAGAAGGUGGAGGGGUUCGGUGCCUUCUACCGCAGCUACACCACCCAGCUCACCAUGAACGUCCCCUUCCAGGCCAUUCACUUCAUCACCUACGAAUUCAUGCAGGAGCAGAUCAACCCGCGCCGGGAGUAUAACCCUCGCUCCCACAUCGUCUCCGGUGCUGUGGCGGGGGCGGUGGCUGCCGCUGCCACCACUCCUCUGGAUGUCUGCAAGACCUUGCUCAACACCCAGGAGAACAUGGCCUUGAGCUCUGUGAACAUCAGCGGGCAUCUCUCGGGCAUGGUGAACGCCUUCAAGACUGUCUAUCAGCUGGGGGGCGUUUCGGGGUAUUUCAGGGGGGUGCAGGCACGUGUCAUUUACCAGAUGCCUUCGACGGCCAUCGCCUGGUCGGUGUAUGAAUUCUUCAAGUACUUUCUCACCAAGCACAAGCUGGAAAAAAGAACCUCCUUGUGAAGGACUGCCUGAGUGUGAGCGCCAGCCCCCAUGUCCCACCCCCCGUGUCCCCACCUGCCAGCCCUGGGUCUCCGCUAGGGAACAAGCCAGCUUUCUGGUGGAGUCACAGCUGACCUCCACUUCUCCCUCCCCAGGGGUUAAAGUGGUCCUCGGCCACCUGUUCCCCUCCUCGCUUAAACCAUAAGAUAGUUUAUAAAGACUUAUAAUAAUAUAUAUAUUUAAUAACUUUAUUUUGGAGAAGUGAAUCUGCUAACUGAUAUUUUUCUCUGAAUAAGUUUGAAGAUGUAGUUUACUCCUCACCAGGCAGCUUAGGUUAUAUAGCCUAGGCUGUUUGGUUUUUUGGUUGUUUUUUUUUUUUUAUGGCAAAGAAGCAAAAUAUCCUGUCACAGAACUUUUUAUAUAAAUAUAAAAUAGAUGGAUAAUGUUUAUCCUUUAUUUUUCUAUGUAGGCAUUUGGAUUGUUUUUUUAAAAUACUAUUACAGCUAGAUGCUAAGCUGUUUAAAAAGGGCAAAAUUCUUCCAUCCUGUGUAAGGAGGACACAAAAGCAUUUAUUUUUAUAGCCAGAUUGGCUUUAAUGAUACAGCAUUUAGCCUCCGAACGGUGACCAGGAUUCUCAUGUGGGUGUCAAAGGUACUUGGUGGCCCUUUGAGACUUGCUGGGAUGGAGGGGAGAAGGAACGGGAGCUGCAGGGCACCAAGGAGGGGCACCCCAAAGUACCUGGUUACUUUGCAGGAGAGGGGGAAACUAACAAUUUCAUUUUUUACAAGGAGACUCUUAAAAAAAAAAAAAUUAGAUUGUAAAGAAUAGUGUGGGGGGGGGUUUGCAAACAAUUUUUUUUAAAGGUACAUUUUUAUGGUGUGUGAUCGCUGAACAGCCUUCAUCCUCCCUUAAUUUAUUCAUACUUGUUUCUCACGAAGGCCCUGAUCCCACCACCGUGCGCAUCUCUCCAGCUGGUGGGGUCGAAGUGGGGUGCAGGGAGUCACUCAGAGUCGCAAGGGUCGCAUCCUGGCAGCACCAGACCAGCAGCAGGCAGCGACAGCCUUGGGCAAGGCUUACCUGCAGAGGGAAAGCCACCUCCCAGCCCGUGUUUGACAAUAAGCUGCUGCUCAUCAAGAGAGGGGAGGAAAAAAAACCCCAACUAACCUAGAGAGGCUCCUAAAAAUUUGGCUUCGCUGCUGUAGGAUGCUGAGCUCCGUGGUGGCCAGCAAAGCUGUGCCUGCUGGGGCAGGGUGACAGCCUUGCUCCGUGCCCUGCUCCUUGGAAAUGGCUCUUCCAAACCAAAACCCCAUCCUUUAGCCUGUGACUUGGGUUCUCAGUGGCCCCUGAGGGAUUUUUAGGAGCCUGGAUGCGUAAAUACAAGUUACAGGACACAAAGUGGCACGUUUCCAUCCUCCCUGGGAACUUGCCCUGCCAGCAGCGGCUGAUGCCUCGAGCUGAUGCACCGUGCACAGCAGUAAGGCAAUGGCAGCUUGUGGAGAUGUGGCUUCAGCCAGAUUUUGGGCUGGCACGUGUCACUGGAGGGGUCCUGUCAGCCAGGUGCCCUGUAUGGGAUGACACUAAGCAGAGCUAAUCCUUUUGCUCCGUUAUUUGGAGAAGGUAAAUCAAAGAGCACCUCUGGGUGGUGUUGCAUGUGCCUUGUGUAAAUUAACCUUGUACCACUGGUAAUGGUGAAAUGGAGCUUCUUGAUGCCUUUUUGUCACUUAAACUGAAUGAAUCACUGUGUCAAAUGCACCCUGUGUCUUAAAAGUGUGGAAAUUGGAAGCUUGGGGCUGCUGGUCUCAGUGGUGCAGCUGGAGAAAGUCCCCGGGGCUGGAGGUCUCGGAGCCAUCUGUUAGCCUUGGAUACCUUUUUUUUUUUUUCUAUUGACUUGAGCAACUGGAGAAGUCACUAACAGGUACCAGAACUGCACAUAAUAUUUCCAUCAGAGAUGGGCAUAAAAACUCUUAGAGGAAAAUUUUGGGUCACUUUUAAUAUUCAAAGAGGCAAACUGUAGCAUAACGUGGAAGGCGACGGCUUUCGGUGUGACUUCAGUAGUUAGGAGUCAUAGCGAGACGUCCCCAGGGCAUCAUCCUCUUCCUCUGGCUGCUUAGCUUUAAUGUUUCUGACUUCACCCUGGCUAUUCUGGGAGAGCUUCAUCUCCCAUCUGGAGUAACCUGUGAGUAGCUGGGAGAUGAAGGCUGGACUUGCCCAGGGACGGAGCCUGUGGAGUGACUGGGAGGGCGGUCGCGGCUUUGGCCGGCUGAGCAUCCUCCUUGGAGGGGGGAGCUGGCACCCAUCCCGUUCGGGCUGCUAGCCAGAGCGUGCCCCGGAGCCUCCUGAGUGCUGAGCACAAAUAUCAGCCAGGUUUUCUCGGGAGCUUGCUCUGCCCCGAGCGGGUGAGGAGCACUUGCAGGUUUAUAGAGCUCUUGACAGAUCGCCCCGGCUAUCGGACAAAACCAGACUUCCCAUUCUGCAGCUGGGAGUGUGCCUGGCCGCUCUCAUAAUUGCAGAGGUCUCUGGGAUGUUUAAUUAAAAUGUUUCCUGCUGUACGUAACGCUGGAUCCCCAGGUGAAAGCCCCUUCACCAAAGCCCUCCUCAUCUCUGCUAGGUUUGCAUUGGGAAGUUUUGCUGCGAGUGUGAUGUUUUAUUUUAACCUGGGAUGUGAAACAUGUACUGCUGCUUUGUCUGCAACGAACGCACAUAUUAUUUAAAGGGGGAGGAUGAAUAACUUUGUCCGCAGUUCUUAAUUUUUAUUUUAUUUUGCCUGCCUUGGAGUUUAAUGUGUUUCCUUAAAUGUAUAUUUAACAAUGCAGGAGUUCGUUUGUGAAAUGCUGCUACAGUUGUAUCACUGGAGCUCAAGGAAAUAAAAUAUUCUGAUUUUUGUCCUUUUA